GUGACCAUCCUUGCACGAGAGAUCGGCUUGAAGAUCGAGCUCGAUGAUGUUCCGGCACUUGCCUCGCCACGCGUGGUGAAGUCUCUGGUCCCGGAGAAGCUUCAGAAUUGGGAAGCGCCCGAUGGGAAGAAGCUUGGAGAUGCUUUCGUGGAGGAACUGACAGCCUAUGAUGAUGAGCCUCUGCCCAAGUCUAUGAUGGAUGCCCUUCUGGAAGAGGCCGAGAAGGCAGGCGAGGUGCUCCGAUUCGUCGGGUCCGUGGACGUGAAGUCGGGCAAGGCCUCGGUGAAGCUCGGCAGAUAUCCCAAGGACCACCCAUUCGCCUCCACCCAGUUUGCUGACAACAUCUGCGCUGUUUCCUCGAAGCCCUGGCCCGAGAGCUUUCCAGAGCUUCCGCCUUUUCUUUCGCCGAGUCCGCUCUCUACCGGCAUGGACUCGCGACACGGCGUCCGCACUGCACUGUCACUGGUUUGUAUCGCAAGCUCUUGGCCCCUCAUCUCUGCUGUGAACCCAAGCACAAUCCACCACGUCAAAUCGCAGCAAAGCCCAAGCGAUGCUGGGCAGUUGAUGCUUCAAUUGAACCUUCCGAAACAAGGAAGCGUUUUAAUCUGCAGAGUUCCCUUUGGGCAUUUCCCUGGCAUGUUUUGGUUUUCAUACAAGACGAAACGAGGAUUUGCCAUGCUUGCUUCCCACUCUCUGGUGGGGUUUGCGGGUUCAGAGAAUUGA